UGUUGAAGUUAGGUACCUGCCAAUGAAUGUCAACAAAAACGGAAAAACUACCUGUUCUAGUUUCCACAGAAAUUAGAACAAAAUUUCAUGUUAAUUCCUAUGCAAGUUACGUUUAUAGGAUAGGUUGUUACUCAUAUUCUCUAAAUUUAUGAAUGACAACUUCUCUCAGGGGAGAAAAUUCCCUAACUGUCAAUGAAAUAUUUUUGCAAAAUUCUAGGCGAGUGACGGCCAUGAUGAUAAUCAAAGUAGAUAAAUAAUUUUCAAAGAAAAUUUUAUGCCAGAUGAAGCAAUUAUUCAAACCUUAAUCAUGACAUCAACAGUUAUCAAGAAACAAACGUCUGGUGAGGAAGAUCCUAAAAUACCGGCCUAUAAAAAGUUACCUCCUAUACCAAACCAGCAAAAAAUGAUGAACAGGAAAGUGAUAUCUCCAGCUUCUGUAUCAGUAGACUUCAAUGCACCAAAUGUCCAAUCAAAACAGGUUUUAGGUGGUAAAGUUUCUGUGAGGAAGGGAUCUGCUGAUUCAACAAAAUCUGAGACAGUGAAAUCACCAGCCAGUCAAAAGGCAGCUAAUAAAAGGUCUAGUCCAUUAGGAAGUGGGGUGAAAUCAGGUGUAAGAUUAAAUGGGGAAGUUGCCUCUGACCUGUCCAGUAGUGGAAUAGAGUUGAUUGGUUAUAAAAUGACCAAUGGGCAGCUGACAUCAAGUACAGGGAAAAUGCCAGUCCCACAACAAGCCAGUGACUGGACCCCAUUGAGUUCAGAGUUACCUCCCUGUAGAAUUUGUGGUGACAAAGCCUCUGGAUUACAUUAUGGUGUUAACACAUGUGAGGCUUGUAAGGCUUUCUUUAGACGUACCUUGAAGAAGUCGACAAUCAAUUUCCAAUGUACUUGUACACCUGAAGAAAAAGCCCUAGGCACUGAUGAGCCGAGGAAAACAACAUGUCCUAAAUGUCGGUAUGAGAGAUGUAUCAAGACAGGAAUGUCAAAAGAUGCUAUCAAGAUUGGUCGAUACACGAUUUCACGUAAACGUCAAAAUGACCGUGAAGUGAAGACAUUGAAGAGCGGGGAGAAAACCGAGGGUGUACGAAGGGCCAGUGAGAGUUCUAAAAGUACUUCAUCCAGCUCCCCGUACAGUACAAGUCAGAGUGUUAGUUCACCUGAAGAGUUAUCUUCAGAUAUUACCUCCCUUAGUUUACAAGAGAAAAAGAUGAUAAGCAGUGCUAAGAAGCGCCGGCAUGACGAGGAGGAUGGUUUACUAUACCAGUCACUUACAAAUAGUAUCUUUAAAUCUCUGAUGGAGAAUAACAAACUGAAGCCCCCUGCAGUGUCCCUCAAUCAAACUUUAUCACCUGUCGAACAGCUAUUGACAUCUGACAACGAUUCAGACACCAAAAUUUCACCAAUGGAACAACUUUUUACUUCACACAGAAUCACAACUACAGACUUAUCUAGUUCAGAUGGUGAAGUAAAUAUGCCAAAUAUCGAUCAUUUGGUGAGUGUGAACGAAGAGGAAGAGGCCUUUUCUCCAUUAGCGCAGAUUUUUGAAACAUAUGGCCCAUUUUCAGAUGAGUUUUCCCCAGUUGAAAAUCUUUUCACCCAACCAAUUGUCUCAAACACAGUGUCUUCAACAGGUAGUGUACAUGUCGAUAGUGAUAUUCAGAUUGUCCCGGGUCAUAAUGGAAUAAGUGAACAUAUUGGUGAAGUUCCGUAUGAUUCUGUUGGUGAGGAAGCCUUGACAACGGCACUUUUGGGAAUAUACGAUGGCAGUGAGAUUAACUCGAAAAAUCGAGGUUCGGAGCAAUUACAUGACAGUAAACUAAUGGAAGAAUCUCCAAUUGAAAAUUUGCUGAAGGCACCAGUGACAUUAAUGACUGAAUCACCUGCCUUCACAGAAAUGGAAAAUAACUAUUCUAGUGAGGUAUAUAAUGCCAACACAGGACACCCAGUGAAUGGCACAUUGCUGGAAAACAAUACAAUUAAUGGUGACAUUUCUCAAAACAUUCAAAUUCUAGAGAAUGGCUACCAUCAGGUUAAUGGUGAAAAUGUUCCAGGCCAACUGGAAGGAAAUACAUUCAUUGCAUCUAAAGCAAAUAUGAUUGAAGAACCAGUUUCCUCGGACCGAGAGUGCAAUGAAGGUUACUUUACAGGGAAAGAAGUUAAUAAUGAGAACCAAACGGAUAAUCUGGAAGAUUUGUUAAUACAAGAGCAACAGUUAGCAAGGCUUGAGAAUCCAGCUGUACACGUGGGUGAUAAUAUGAGCGUAAAAGAAGCAACGCAGUUAAUUCUUACGUUAGGGCAGGCAGCUGGCGUGUUGUUUGAAAGUGCGAAGAAAAUGUCGUGCGAAGAGAUCAAGAAAAGACACGCUGCAUAUUUGGAACAAUAUGUUACCAAGAUGCAAGUAUUUGGCAACAUGUCGAAUAUCUCGAAGGAAGAAUAUCUUGAAUUUUACAAGCAGACUGGCAUCGACAUAGACAAUAGACAGGAAAUUCUCAUUGAAGCGUUGAAAUACAUGGAAGAAUCGAUCGGUAAACUCGUUAAAUUCGCCAAAGCCAUCCCAGGUUUUUCUGAGCUCGAUAUUGAUGACCAGGUCAAUCUUGUAAAAGCAUCAAGGUUUGAAGCAGAUAAUAUACAGUUCGGGAAAAUAGGAAAAUGUGUCAAAUCUUCUCUGAAAAUUGCAACGCUGCCAUGGGAUAAAGAAUAUCACUUUGAUGAAAUAAGUAAAAUAUUCCCCCGAAAUUAUUGUACCACCAAGAUCCAGACCUUGUUUGAAGUGACGCAGCUUGGGCUAAGCUUUGAAGAAACGAUAAUGUUUAAAGCCCUGAUUAUGACUUUCCCAGAUCGUUGCGAGCUAAAGGAACCAGAGAAAGUGGAAUAUUUACAUAACAGACUGAUUGCCUGUUUUCUGUUUCUGUUGGCCAAUCGGCCACCAAGUAAACUGAUUACAGUCCAGAGCGUCAUGGCGACACUGUUCAAGAUCCGUCAUCUUGCGGCCUGGGACACGCAGAUCAUCCAGGAGAUGUUUGAAGUGUGGCCGGUUACUACUAACCACCAACUUGUUAAAGAGUUUGUAACUUAGAUAAUAAUGUUCAUCCUUUGCCAAUUUGUAUAUAUAUUUGGUCAUUUUUGUUAUGUUUCAUAUCUAGAAAUAU